CAGUUCUUAUAUAACGAGGAGGAACGGAGUGGGAGAAGCACAACAGAGCUAAACCCAGAGAGAAAGCAAAAGAGCACACAUGGCGACAAGAAUCAAAAUGCUCUUGUCUCUUGCCAUCUGUGCCGUGCUCGCACUCGUGCACCUUCCGUUCACCACGGCUGGCGGCGGCGAGGUGGCGGCGCCAUUUGAGUACAAGAAGGCGCUCCACAGCAGCCUCCUCUACUUCGAGGCACAGCGAUCGGGCCGCCUGCCGCACAACCAGCGCGUCAAGUGGCGCGGCCACUCUGGCCUCGCCGACGGCCUACAGCAGGGCGUGGACCUCGUGGGCGGGUACUAUGACGCCGGCGACAACGUCAAGUUCGGCCUGCCGAUGGCGUUCACGGUCACCAUGCUGUCGUGGAGCGCCAUGGAGUUCGCGGACGACAUCACUGCCGCCGGCGAGUGGCGGCACGUGCUGGAGGCCAUUAAGUGGGGCACCGACUACUUCGUCAAGGCGCACACCGAGCCGUACGUGCUCUGGGCCGAGGUUGGCGACGGCGACACCGACCACUACUGCUGGCAGCGGCCCGAGGACAUGACCACGUCGCGGCAGGCCUACAAGGUCGACCGCGACAACCCUGGCUCAGACCUCGUCGGCGAGACCGCCGCCGCGCUGGCCGCCGCCUCCAUGGUGUUCCGCCGCUCCAACCCCCACUACGCACAAGUUCUCCUCCACCACGCCGAGCAGCUGUUCGAGUUCGGGGACAAAUACAGGGGAAAGUACGACAGUAGCAUCGGCGAGGCGUAUAGCUACUACGCGUCGGUGAGCGGGUACGGCGACGAGAUCCUUUGGGCGGCGCUGUGGCUGCACCGGGCGACGGGGAAGGCGAGCUACCUGGACUACGCCGUGGACAUGGCCGACGAGUUCGGCGGCACCACCUGGGCCAUCACGGAGUUCAGCUGGGACGUCAAGUACGCCGGCCUCCAGAUCCUCGCCACCAAGGUGCUGCUGGAAGGGAAGCACCCGGAAUACAAGGCGACGCUGGAGAAAUACCUUCCAGCUUGCCUCAACAAAGAACGGCGACGCCUCUUUGUUGCCAAGGCGGAGCACUACCUCUGCGCCUGCCUCAACAAGAACGGCGACGCCGGCAACGUCAACCGCACCGCCGGCGGCAUGCUCUUCGUCCGGCAGUGGAACAACAUGCAGUACGUCACCAACGCCGCCUUCCUCCUCACGGUCUACUCCCGCUACCUCACCUCCGCGGGCCAGGAGCCGCCGGUGCUGCAGUGCCCCGACGGGCCGGCACACGCCGACGAGCUGCGGUCCCUGGCACGAGCGCAGACCGACUACGUCCUCGGCGCGAACCCUGCCGGCGUGAGCUACUUGGUCGGGUUCAUCGGGUGCAUGCAGGGGUACGACAACUGGUUCCUCCGGAGGGGGGCGAACCCAAACGUGGUCAUCGGCGCCAUCGUCGGCGGGCCGGACCACCUCGACCGGUUCAGGGACAGGCGCGACAACUACAUGCAAACGGAGGCGUGCACGUACAACACCGCGCCCAUGGUUGGCAUCUUCGCACACUUGCACGGCAAAACGGCCAUCAUGAAGAAAAGCUGAACAGGAAGAAGUUCUAAGAUUAGUGUGAAGUUUUACAAAACUGGUCUAGGAUGUUUUUUGUUGGUUUAGUUAACUGCUUAGAUUGUUCAUAUUGGUAGAGAAAGUAGAGAGUGCAGAGUAGUGGUGUAUGUGGUUUGCAAACAAGAUGA